ACAGAGGAGGAAGAUCACAAGGAGAAGUUGUCGAGAAUGAUCAAGAGAAGAUCUUGGAAACCGAGCAACAUCCUUCAUUUAAAAAGAUCAUCUGGAAACACAGAGGCUUUAAAUACACAGAAGAGAAAACUGGGCACAAUUAAUAACAGAAACAGAGAUAAACCCUUCACAAAAGCAGAAAUCAAAGAGGAUUGAGGAGCCACCGCUUACUCCCAAACAGUAUAAACAAGAAUUCUGGGAAAGGACAAAGUUGCUUCCUCCUGUUUACGAACAAGCAUUUCUUCAAAACUAAUCACCCUUAUAUCCUCAGAGGGUCCUGCCGAUGUCCUCCACAGGCUUUCUGCACUAGGUGCAAGUGUGUGGCUGUCAAAUGUCCGGGUCUCUGCCCUUCCCCUCACCCUCUCCCUUCCCCUCAUGUGACUACACAGAAUGGUCUCCAACAUGGGUGCUGAUCCCCAGCGUGUACCUGCUGGUGUUUGUCGUGGGCUCUCUGGGUAAUGGUCUGGUGUUGUGGGUCUACCUGGACCGCCAAGCGAGAGGGCGAGGGAGGAUAGGAAGUGGCUCAAAGUCUUCCCAGACUCCCGAUUCUCCUCCUUGUCCCUCUCCGACAUCUACUCGAACAGUAACCGAGUCUUUAAUAAUCAGUCUAGCACUGGCUGACUUGGCCUUCGUCAUGACCCUGCCAUUAUGGGCUGCCUACACAGCACUGGGCUACCACUGGCCCUUUGGCCAAGUUCUGUGUCAGACGAGCAGUUACAUAGUGGCACUGAACAUGUACGCAAGCGUGUUUUCUCUGACUGGGCUCAGUGUGGAGCGCUACUGCGUCAUCACACGACAGCGUGGCAACGGUUCAAAGCAGAGGACGUCAAGCACACGUGCCAGGUGGAUUGUGGGUAUUGUGUGGCUGGCAGCAGGAGUGCUGGCACUCCCUGCUUUACUUCUGCGAACAGUUAGAGAGCCGGAUCUUGAAUCAGGAGAUGAUGGUGACUGGCAGGCUGGACAAUCGUCCUCCUGCUUGUGUGAUAUGGACUAUUCAAGUUUAAUCUCAAGUGAUCUGGACCCAGCAGAGGCAGAGCAGGCAGAGCUCAUGUGGUCAGCAGCUUUGGGGUUAAAAUCAACCCUGCUUGGCUUCCUCUUACCCCUUGUAGUGCUCCUAGUAUGCUACGGCUGGCUGGGACGGCUUCUUUCCAGACACUUCAGCCUAGGCCUGCGCCCCGAUCAGAAACGCCAGCGCAGGCUCCUCCGCAUCAUCAUCACCCUUGUGCUGGCCUUCUUCCUCUGCUGGCUGCCCUUCCACACUAACAAGACACUCUCCGCAAUGGUGGAGCUGGGUAUUCUCCCCUUCUCCUGCCGUUUCGACCAGUGGUUGGUGGCGGCGCAUCCGUACUCCAUCUGCUUGGGUUAUGUAAACAGCUGUUUGAACCCUCUGCUGUACGCAUGCUGUGACCCUGCGUUUCGGAAGCGCUGCAGUGGGCUGCUUUUGUGCCUAUGGGUCAAAUGCAAAGGUCAGAGGGCAGAAGAGGAGAAGCAACAACAUCAAAGUUCGGCAGUACCAUCUGGGACACAUGAAGUGACAGUCAGUAAAGACGAGCAAUGAAGAGAGGUUCAUCUGGCAAACACACUCAAUGGACCGUGCUGGGUUAGGACUGUUUGUGUGGAAAAUCCUUCAAGAUGACUCGAUCAAUUCUGAUGACUUUUUCCAUUCCUCUGUGAGAUUUAGCAUGAACUUCACCCCCCUCAAGAAAACAAGAUGCCAGCAUUGUGUGGGAACUGAUAAACAGACCGGAUUCACGGACCGUUUUCCCAUGACAUUAUGCCAGAAGAAUGAAGAGGAGCUGACAUGUAGUAGAAAAAAAAUCUCUCAUUAAAAUGAUGUAAUUCAAACUGCACAGCAUGGGCAUAUUGCUGAAUAUUAACAAACAGGUACUAUUUUAUUACUCCUAAUCUGCAAUCAUUAUUAAAUGUAAAAUUAAUUUGAGUAUUUUUGUAUUUAUAAAUGAUUUUUGCAAAAGAAAAGAAUAAAAUACAUAAAAACAUACAAAACUACAUUUUAAAUGUGUUUUUUUACCUCAGCAAUGCUGAUCCUUUAAAAAUGUUUGCACUUUGUCUGAUGAUCUUAACAUAUUAACAGAAGUAGCAAGAAGUAGAAUUGGGAAUAAUUGAGUAAGAUUAGGAGUGUUUGAAAUGUUACAAUUACAUUUGACACUAGAGAUGCAAUAAAGAGCAUUUAGAAGGAUAGAUCACCCAAAACUGUAAAUUCAAUCAUCAUUUACCCACCCUUCGCUUGUCACAAGCCUGCUUGAGUUUAAUACAAAAGAAAUUAUUUUGAAGUAUGCUGAAAACCUGUAAACAUUGAGUUCCAUAGUAUUUUUUGUUUGCCUACUUUGGAACUUACCUAUGAAAAUAACUUUUUUUUAAAUACAUUGUGUUCAAGAGAAGAAAGAAACUGGAAGGUUUGGAACCACUUGAGGGUGAGUAACGGUUCAUUUGUGGAUGCACAAUCCUUUUAAUCUCAAAAAAAAAAAAAAAAAAAAAAAA